AGAUGUGUAGUGUCUCCUCGGCAGCGGCUAUAUAAUCAAAACCAAGCCUUGUCCAGGAUACGCCAAGAAUGGCUCCUCAGUCAUACGGACGGGCCUGUCUAAAUUGCUCAAAAGCCAAAUGCAAAUGCGUUGACCGACCAGGGGGUCAGGGGUGCGAGAGAUGCUAUCGAUUGAACAAGUCAUGCCUGCGAGGGACCUCGACGAGAGCCAUGCAGUCCCAGAAGAACAACACCGUCGCGCGCAUUGCUCAGCUAGAAGGGAAGCUGGAUGAACUUGUGUCAUCCCUCCAGCCGCAUCGUGCGCCAAGUAGCUGCAAUAGUUCUAUCGAAAACUCUCUUUCUGCUCCACCAUCUAACUCCACUUCUCCUGCUACUUCUGGAGAUGUAUACACUGCCCCCGCAGUGCCGACGUCCAAUCUGGACAGCUUGGAGUUUUCACCGGAAGAGUCUCUAGACAUAUUUCGAACUCGCAUGCUUCAGUACUUUCCCUUUCUACAUCUUCCUAGCGACUCCCAAUGGAUGCGCCAGGAGCGGCCAUUUUUGUUCCUCUGCAUUAUGGCAGUGACAUGUCCGUCAAUACCGACCAAGCUCGCCUUAGGGGAGAAGAUCAGAAAGAUUGCCACGGAAAGAAUGUUUCUUUCUAGUGACCCGGGGGCAGUGAACCUUGAUCUCCUGCUAGGUCUUUUAACAGUUUUAGCCUGGGGCUACGAUCACUUACUACACGAUACCGCAAUGGGACUGCCGCGUUUUACACAGCUCGCUAUAACUGUUGUGUACGAACUGCGUCUCAACAAGCCGCUUCCUGAUGACUCUAAUGUACUUACUGCCGGGCUCGGUGGCUGCACAUCAUCGAGAGGGCCGACUCGGACGCUUGAGGAGCAGCGAGCGGUCCUAGCAUGUUUUGUCUUGAGCUCCAUCGUAUCGACAUGUCUUGACAACAUCCAACCAAUGCAGUGGACGGCACAUAUGGAAGAAUGCCUUGAAGCCCUGGCUCGGAAACGUGAAACGCCGCUUGACGAAGUGUUCGCCCAUCAAGUCCGACUGCACCGUAUUGCAAGAGAGGCGGAGCAUAUUCGAAUUGCAUCAACAGCCGUUCCAGCAGCUUUUCACCUCUCAGCCUUGCAGCGGAAGGUCAAUGAAGUCAAGCAAAGUAUAACACCUGAACUGCGACAGAAUAGCCUGUUCCGUGCCUCGACAUAUUACACCGAAUUGACCAUCCACGGCCUGGUCCUCUCUAAAAAGCAAGACACUCCAGACCUACAAAGGCUCGAAGGACUCCACGCAUGUCUCGAAACCGCCAGAUCAGCCCUCGAUAGCUUCUUCCAGAUAUCGUCCACUGAUGAUUAUAUCGGAAUUUCAUUCCUUUUCUUCAACUACCUAGCGCGGAGCAUCCUAGUCAUCAUGACGCUGUCGACGAUGAACGACCCCAUCUGGGACACAAACCUGGUGCGAUCGACCGUGGAUGUUCUGUGGAUAUCGGACCGCCUGAUCAGCGGGGUGCAGGAAGCCAAGGCGUCGAGAGGCGAAGAAGGCGAGUCAGCUAAUGGAUUCUUGGACAAGUCGACCAAGAAGCUUAUGUCACUUCGUGCUUCAGCGUGUGCUGCGCUGAUGCAGGAGAAGACGCAGCCGCAGCGUAGUAGCGCUGCUCAAGCGGCCGAGAAUGACUUGCAGGUCUUGAGCAUGCUUCAGGCUUACGAAAUGAUGGACGCGGGGUUAAUGGCUAGUUUUAUGGAGGGGACAGCUAUGUUUGAUGGAUUUUAUUAGCCUUCUAUCAGCCUCCUGAUGAUUCUGAUAUCCAGCGAACAAACUUUUAUGCUGUCAUUCUCCUGCACAUGAUAGUGAUAUAUACAACCCUAAUCUAUCCUCUCACCAUCCCAACAACCCUACUAGUCUACUCGUCAAAACUAGUCGAAUGCGCAAUCUCCCUCAUCGCCUCCAAAUUCUCCCUCACGCCCUCAAUCUUCCCCGAAAACCUCUUCCAAC